UUUGCAAACUGUCAGAGCUCAUUUUGUUUGUCAUCAUUUUGUGAAGACUCUAACUCUCGCAUAUUCAUUUAUUCAUACAAAAAUGGCACUUGCCGACGUUUGUGGAUUUUCCAGUGGUAAUUUAUUCCCAGGGUCUUCAGUGGGAGAACAGUUUUUACAACGGGACAUAGCUCUAAACUGCCAGAAUAUACAGAACAGUUUUUCGCUAGCUGUUCCUCCGUUCCAGAAUCCGGCAGAGAACUUAGCCAAACUAGCAGCCCAUGGCGAAUCAACUGGAAUCAAGAUGGAAUUUGACCAUGGCACUACAACACUCGGAUUCCGUUUUCAAGGUGGUGUUAUCCUAGCUGUAGACUCUCGUGCCACCGGUGGCCAAUUCAUUGGUUCCGGAACAAUGAAAAAGAUAGUUGAAAUUAACGACUAUCUGUUAGGUACCCUAGCGGGCGGCGCAGCUGAUUGUGUUUACUGGGAUCGGGUUUUAGCGAAGGAAUGUCGCAUUUACGAGUUGCGAAAUAAAGAACGGAUUUCUGUAGCAGCAGCCAGCAAAAUCAUGUCGAAUAUAGUGUACUACUACAAGGGAAUGGGGCUUAGCAUGGGAAUGAUGUUAGCUGGUUAUGAUAAACGGGGUCCACAGUUAUAUUAUAUUGAUUCGGAAGGAACACGCACCCCGGGAAAAGUGUUCUCUGUUGGCAGUGGUUCUAUUUACGCCUAUGGUGUUCUUGACUCAGGUUAUCGGUGGGAAUUAUCCGAUGAAGAAGCACAGGAUCUAGGAAGACGUGCUAUUUAUCAUGCUACUCAUCGCGAUGCCUAUUCCGGAGGAAUAGUGCGAGUCUAUCACAUCAAACCAACCGGGUGGGUGAAUAUUUCGAACCAGGAUUGUAUGGACUUGCACUUCCAGUAUCAAGAAGAGAAGCAACAAAUGUUUGGUUCAUAAGUAAUUGAUUAAUUUGUACGUAUUCUAUUUGGCUCUUAUAUAAAAUAUGCUUGGAAAUAAAGCUGUUUUGAAAUACAACUAAA